AUGGCAUUGGAUGGUGAUCUGGGAGAUCUGAUAUCCAAGGGACUCCCCACCGGAGCCGAGCUGACAGUCCGACACAUCUCCUCCACUCCAGCCCCGUCUGCGGCGCUCUUUGCCGCAGCGCCAGGACAUGAGCCAGAGCCGACGUUUUGUGAAAGCCACUUCUUGUCGCUCUCAAUUGACUCUGAUCAGCAUGAUGGGGCUGAGGUCAUCGUCUUUGGGAUGGAGGUGUUGGUCUACAACUCGGCUCACCUGACCACCAUCUUCGUCUCCAAAGCGGACUCGACCGGCUUUCUACACUUGCUCAAGCUCCCGAAAAGGGUAUCUAUUCUACGAUUUAUUUCUCACACAUUCUUAUCUUACCUCGUACGUACACAUCAACGGCCGGGUGUUCGCUUAGUUGUGUCUCUCUUUGCCCGGGCUCAGGACCAGUACCUUUUCCCGGGCAGCAUUGAAAAUUCUGAGAAACACGUCCUUGAUGACCGCGGCCUAAUCAAAUGGUGGUGCAGAGCCAUUGAUCCAAUUCUGCGGGAAUACGAACCGGAGUCCGCCUCGCAGGAUUCGAAGGCUCCUGAUAAAGCCGUCGAAGCUGCCCAGGCAUCCGCCACGGCUUAUUUAAUUGUGCCUGGCAGCGACCGUUUCGAGACGCGCAACUUCUCUUUCCGCAGACGGCUAAGACAGAUCCGCAAGGUCAUCCGCGGUGGCUUGCAAGUUAUCCCCUGCAUCAAAUGUGCCAUGAUCCGUCGGCUCCGCCGCGACGAUGAGCUUCCUGAAAACAAUGAGAACGAGGCCCGUGGAUCUGGAAAUGGCCAAUGGCGGAGUGUCAAAACCUUGGACCAAUUCUGGGAGAUGAUGUCGUUUCGGCAAGAAUGCUCUGCUGGGCGCCUAGUUGGGUUCCUAUGGCUUGUCAUAAACCCGCCUGGGCUAAUGAGCUCGACUACCAUGGCUUCUCAAACUCGUGGUCAGCACAAAUCCGUCGCAGACCUGAACAAUGAGCAGCUGUCCAAGAUUUCCACAGAUACGAAGCCUAGUAUAGAGGCCAGUGAGCAGGCAGAGAGCAAUGAGGUCUCUCCUGGUACACCGGAACCCGGCAAAGCAGCUUCAGAUGCGCCAAAAACCUUUGAUAGGCCAUCUACAAGCUCCGGAGAUCAAGUUCAAUCCCCUCUCCAGGCUGUCAAUCCGUUCUUCUGGCCUGAGGCGGGCCGAGGCCAUGUGGUGCUCAGUCAAGAGAACUAUAAGGAAAUGAUGGAUGGCGUUUUAGACCAUUUCUACGAUAAGAAUGAAAUUGUCGCCAGUACCAAAAAUUUUGUCGACCAGGUUACGUGUCUUGCUGAUCAAUUGACUUGGGGGCAGAAAGUGACUGGGACUUAUAUUGCUAAUACCCAUCCUACCGACUUGUCAUCUACCGCAAACACUCUCGACGGCGGUUUGGUACGCAAGCGGAAGCCCCAAGAUGAAAAUAGCGGGGGCAGCACCGUCGAUAAGGGAGCUACUGAAAACUCAAAUGGGCAUGAGCACAGCAUAUCGACCCCUUCUCAGUCCGCCCCAGUGACGAUGCUCAAUUCAAACCUGGUUCGAAAGAAGAAGAAAACCUGA